CAGGACACAGGCUUCAAUUACCCACAACCUCUCCACUCGCUCAGCUGUCCAGUUCCUUAGCAAAUUUCCUUCAGAGUGCAGACAAUAUGCAGCUGAAGAAAUGGCUCACAGGCGCCGUCCUGGUCGUCCUGCUGGAUCUGGUGACGCCCUUCAUAUUGACGACGGCAGUGACUGUGGGAGUGACGAUCGCUAACCCUACCCUGGCGCUGAUCGGCGGCACUGGCCUUCUUCUUGGAGCCGCUGGCCUCGCUACUGUUAAGAAGGCCAAAGUGUUGACUCCCAAAUUUCACCACCGCUUCGUGCGUCAAGCAAUACAGCUGCCUGACGAAAGCUUCUCCACCAGCGCUUUAGAGGCUCUGUUUGCCGUUGCCGAAAGUUUAGACCAAGAGACCAACUGUGGCCAACGGUUGGUGUGCGAGCUGGCGGCCACCCCCGAGGCCCAGCUGGCUCCUGACGAGGAUCUGCUCAUAUCCUUCAUUGAGGAUCAGAGCAGCCUCAACCACAACCAGCUCAACAGUCCAGCCACCACCUUUCAGCGGGCCUUCUUCCUGGGCCGCCAGACUGGCUCUGUCGAGGACUGUGCCAACACUUACCAGAAGUGUCCGUUCAGCUCUAACCAGACCAUGGAGAUCAUCAGGAGCGUCGGACCCGCCGCAUCUACCCAAGUCUAGCCUCUGUUGUCCCUCACCACAUUAGCUCUCAAUACAUCUACCCAAGUCUAGCCUCUGUUGUUUUUUCCGUGUUCAUAUCUGAACUAACAUGGCCAAGGCAUCCCACUAACAUAUUCAUACAACAAAUGAUCAAAGAGUUUAUUAAAAAAAAAAAAGAUCCAAACAUCAUUUAUGAGAUGUGUGUAACUGUGGUGGUGUUGGCACUAGUCACUAGAGGAUCCUUUAGGCUGAAUGAUCUAUCAUUUUGUAUUCGAUUACGAAAUAAAUAUUGAUUAUAAAAAGUA